CUCAACGGCAGACAACCCCUCUCUAGCACUUGUCAAAAAAAAUCGCUCUUCCUGAACUGCCACCAGAAGGAAAGUUUUGCCCAGGUAUAUUUCGUAAAUAGUUACCAACAAUGAAGGGAUACGCCUGCCUGAGUUUUGUGCUCUGUCUUGGUUUGGUUGUGGCAGCACCGCUGCAUGGCCACAGCCAGUCUGAAGAGGUGAUGGUAGCUCGUGGCGCUAGUUUUGAAGGGCACCUCGACUCUAGAGGCCAUAGCCAGUCAGAAGAGGCGAUGAAAGCACGUGAAGCUAGUUUUGAAGAGCAGCUCAAUUCAAGAGGUCAUAGCCAGUCUGAAGGAGUGAUGAAAGCACUUAGUAGUUUCGAAGGACAACUCGACUCGAGAGGUCAUAGCCAGUCUGAGGAAGUGAUGAAAGCGCGUGGUAGUUUCCAAAGACAACUCGGCUCGAGAGGCCAAAGCCAGUCUGCAGAGGUGAUGAAAGCACGUGGUAGUUUUGAAGGACGACUGGAUUCAAGAGGCCAUAGCCAGUCAGAAGAGGUGAUGAAAGCACGUGAUGCUAGUUUUGAAGAACAGCUCGAUUCAAGAGGCCAUAGCCAGUCUGCAGAGGCGAUGGAAGCUCGUGGUGCUAGUUUCGAAGGACAGCUCGAUUCAAUAGGAGUAAAGAGAGUCCAGGCACCAUAUUGACAGUGUUCCGAGGGCUUCUGCUUGUGUGUUGCCGGACGCUUCACCCAGAGUCGAUUUGGCUCAGACCGGAACAACAGGGCAUGGUAAACAGACACGUAGUUGAAGGGUCAGCGGGAUUUUAAUUAAUAAUCGAGAUAGCUUGUUGGGCCUACUGAUACAUUGUAGCCUUUUACAGUCGUCCUUAAAAUUAUUUAUACCU